UAGAUGCACGCGGAAAACGCGUAUUCCAUGGGAUCACGAGUUCUUUGUUAGUAUUUUUAACUAAUAAAUAAUUAAGAUAGUAAGAAAAAGACAGAGGUAGAUAGUUAUGGCGAUACUCCUCCUACGGUGUCCUAACAUUAUUCUUGAUUGGUUCGAACCAUUUAUUGCUCACCAACCAACGAUAGUCGCAAGUAAAAGAUAGUCAUUAUUAUCAUCGUCAUCGUCAUCGUUGUCUUUUCGUUUUCUUUGGUAGAAAGCGAGCGAACAUACACGAAUCAACGUCGAUGGAGACUCGAUUGUGCAACUCAGUCGCGGUCGAAUCGAAGUCAAGAGAGUAGCAACUACUAGAUCACUGUAGCCGUUUCAACGUGAACCAUCGUGAACCAAGAUUUCUUUGCCUCGCGAUCGUUUCGUUUAUUUAAUCUUUGAUGUGCGAGUGAAUGGGUGUUUAAGUUUCUUCUGCCACAAAUGCGUCCAUUCUUACACAGGAAAGAAAUAAGAAGCUUAUUUUACUAUAGUCGUUUAACGCAAGGAUCGUAAAUAAGAUAAAGUAGAAAUGAUCUUUCUUUCUCUUUCUCUCUAUGUUGUUUGGUGAAUAUAUGUAUAUGGCAGACGUAAUGUCUCAAAAGUUUUAUUAUGGGUCAGUGAUUGGUUUUAUUCUGUUUAUUUGAGUAGAUUAUUUUUACUGUAAUAUUUAACGUGAAUUUCUUUACGAUUCGUUUGAUUCGAGAAUGACGAAUAGAACUGAUAAACAGAACCUAUAGUGAUUGACUAUUGUUUCAUGAUAUUCUGCGAUAUAAAUAUAUCAAUAAAUAUAUCGUUCUAAUGACUGCAGAAGAUAUUUAAACGUAUUAUACUCUUGUUCCUUGCCAUUUUUUAUCUUAUUUUAAUAAACAUUUUUAUGAUUCUAUCUGGAACGCAUCAUUCAUAAAAAAUAUAUAUGUGAAGAUAUUUUGACAAGUAAAUAAGAAGAAUUCAUAAAAUUAUUCUAUAAGUGGUUACACAGUAUAAUUGGGUCGUUCGAUAAUGUAAAUUAUGUUCGAAUCAGAAAAGAAAAAGAAGAAAGGACUAAGAAUAAAAUUUUAUCUGGAAAAAAUGUAUGCUAUAUAGCUUAUUAUACACGUGUUUCCUGAGUAAUUCGCUUAUCGAUUGUAGAUCAAGGUCAUUUUGGAAUUGUUAAACUUAAUACUAUCAACAUUCUCAAAUGUAAAGCAAAUUGUGAUUAUAGUAUCGUCGAAAAUUCAACGAUCCUGAAGUAGCAAAAGUUUGCUUGACCGCAAAUAUAUUCAAUUGUAUUACAAUUGCAUCUUCUAAAUAUAACAAGAAUUAUUAAUAGAAUUUAAAAAUGUUCGAGAACAGUUCAGAAAAAGGACACUUUCAUUGGGCUGAUUGGCUUGUUUUCGCCGCUAUGCUAACUAUAUCCGCCGCAGCUGGACUUUGGCAUUACAAGAGUGCACAACAAUCGUCCGUAGAGAAUUAUUUACUCGGUGGAAGGAAACUCAGACUUUGGCCGGUUUCUGCGUCUCUAAUUGCCAGUUUCAUAUCUGGGGUAACAAUAGUUGGAGCUCCUGCAGAAAUUUAUAAUUUUGGCACUCAAUAUUGGAUCACCGUGAUAUCUUUGCUUUUUUCCGGAAUUGUCGUUGCAAAUAUUUACUUACCUGUUUUUGUAACAUUACAAUUAAAUUCGGCAUACGAGUAUCUGGAGAUAAGAUUUAACAAGGGCGUUAGAAUUUUAAUAUCGCUGAUAUUCGUUUUCGAUGCCGUUCUCUACCAAUCGAUAGUAGUCUACGUGCCUGCAUUGGCAUUAAAUCAAGUAAGUGAUAUCAAUACGCAUAUCAUCGGCGCCAUUUUAUGCGGAGUGUGCGUCUUUUACACAGUUCUUGGUGGCUUAAAAGCAGUAGUUUGGACUGAUAUGCUUCAAGUUAUAAUAAUGAUCCUAGCCAUGCUCAUCGUGACUGUGUUAGGCACUUGGGAAGUCGGCGGUCUAUCCAAAGUAUGGCAGAAGGCACGAGAAGCUAAUAGAAUAGAAUUUUUUAACUUCGAUUCUUCUCUGUACACGAGACACACAGUUUGGAGUGUUCUAAUUGGAUCUUGGCUAUACUCUACGGCGUACAUCGCUGUGAAUCAGACGAUGGUUCAACGGUACACAUCACUGAGAACUAUGAAGACAUCUAAAUUAUAUAUGUAUGUUUGCAGAGCUAUAGGGAUAUCUAUUAUUGGCAUAGUUAUUUUUAUUUCGCUAUGUUGCUGGUGUGGAUUGGUUCUUCUAGCUUGGUGGUCACCACCAAAAUGUGAUCCAAGAGCUACUGGUUUAAUUACGGCCGAUGAUCAACUACUUCCAGCUUUCGUAAUGCAAGCUGCUGGUUACUUGCAUGGUAUACCUGGUCUCUUCAUUGCUGGAAUUUUUGGGGCUGCUCUUAGCUCUCUAUCAGUAGGAUUUAAUUCCACUUCUGUAGUUCUUUUAGAAGACUUUGUGAAGAGUUGUUUUGGUCUACAACCGAACGAGCGUUGUUCAACGAUUUUAGUUAAAAGUAUAAUUAUAUUCCUUGGUUUAUUCGCGUUGGCUUUUGUCUUUUUCAUCGAAACAUUGGGAGGCAUUUUAGUGGUUACGAACAGUUUAGCCGCAAUUGCCGCAGGAAUUUCCUUUGGAGUCUUCACUCUUGGAAUGCUUUUUCCAUGGACUAACUCUCAAGGCGCAUUCGUAGGUGCUGUUGUGGGAUUUUUAAUAGCUGGUUGGGCAUGUUUCGGAGCAAAUAUAUCGAUCAGUUCCGGUGUUAUAGUACCAAAGAAGCUUCCGGUACCACUCGAUCAGUGUCCGGGAAAUAUAAGUCAAGCUUUCUUAGAUCAAUUCGUUCAUUCUAACGAAGAAGAUGUGUUUGCUCUUUACUUAUUGUCCUAUCAUUGGUUUUCCGGAUUGGGUACGCUGAUAGUAAUCGUGGUUGGAGGAAUAGUCACUUGGUUGACGGGGCCAAAGGAUCCUUCUUAUAUCGAUAGAAAGUUGCUGUCUCCGGUAAUACACAGAUGGCUACCUUAUCCAAAAUAUCAGAACGAAGAAUGGUAUCAAUCAACGACUGAACCUCAGUCUUCGGUAAACCUUUUAUUAAAAAAUCUACCAAACAAAUUGAAACAGAGUGAUACAUACAAAAAGAAAGAGAAUCAAACUGACGUAGCAGUUUCUUGACUAUAGUCAAAUACUGUCAAAAUGUAUAGAAAAUAUUACUUAUAUUGAUUUUUUAAUUUGUUAUUACGUAGAAUGUAAAGUUAGUGUUAGAAUCUUAGUGACGCUCUAACAUGUUGGGUAUAUAAUGUUAUAAAAAGAGAACGAAGUGUGAAACGAAGAAAAAAUAUAUUUUUAUAUGUUCAUAAAUAAUUCGUAUUCCAUCAUUACGUUUUCUUUUCAUUUGAACAUUCGAUAUUUAUUUCGAACUCUUCUAAAUUUUGCGAGACGUAUUAAAGAUUUAAAAACAACUUGACUUAUCUCUUCGAAAGAUAAGUUCAGUAGACAUAAGUUAAACGUACUAGGGAGUGCGUUAAGAACAGGACGAAGAGUAGCAUGUAGGAGGGAAUGGUAGUAGGAAUAGCAACAUAGCCAAAGAGCUAAGGACUCGUCCUGUCAAGUAGCGUGUUCCUGGUCGAGCGGUCCACUCGCUUCACACCGAGUUCUCUAACUGAGUUUAUUCGGUUUUCAAGCUUUGGUGAUUCCCGACGGUGGCUACCAUGUGAAAGACGAGAGAGAGAGAGAGAAGGCUCGGACGACGAUGACGAUAGGAGAGGCAAGGCCCCAGGAUAUUAGCCGGCUUGUUAAGGGAAAGCCAACGCCGUCAAACGUCCUUAUUAAGGCCACGCAAAUAACCCGGCCGCUCUCUUCGUUCACCUACAUGAACCUCCCUCUCCCUCUCUCUCUCUCUCUCUCUCUCUCUCUCUCUCUCGUUUUCUACCCCUCUACACACCUCCCUGACGUUGGAAAUUCAAUUUUCGCCGACCCGAAAUGCGGUCGGUCAAAAGCGGCGCCGUCAGGUUCGAUAUUGUUCGCACCACCGAUCGUGUACCUUCACUCAACACGCUUCGCCAGUUUUUGCCACGAGUUUGCUCGGAUCGCGUUGUUGGCGAAGCUUGUUUAACGAUGUAGAGAGGUGCGAAAUCGGCAACGCGACAGUAUCUAUUUCUGGGAAUGAAGUAUCUUUUCAUUUUGUUCCGUUCUUCAAAUUUUUGCGUUCAAGCAUAGUUAUUUACCUGGUCUUAUCAGGUGGUUGUUUAGUUUAUCAUUGAUAAAAAUCAUACCUAGACACGGACUUUUCGUUUAGAAUAAACCGAUAGUUCAGAAGAUACUGAAAUUAGAGAUAUGCAUCGACUUUCUUCAAGUUCUUCGAAAAUUAAUGUACACCAUUCAGGGACACACCAUACAUCGGAUUUUAUGUGUUCUGCGUUUAAUCAUAUUGAAAGCUCUCACUUGGACGAGUCAAUAUUUCUCAGAGAGAAGUGACUGAGAAUACGGUUCUCACUGGGAAGGGUCCGAUCGAUACCCUCCGAUGGUACGACUUAGAUUUGACGUUCGUCCAAUUUGUCUGAGCGCGUCAGGUUCCAUCUACUACGCUUAGGUAUCGACUACUCUAUCUGCACUCACUCUUACCACAGACUUCUCUCUCGUUCUCUCUGCGACUAGUGGCUUAUCUAUUCGGAUAAUAUUGACCGCGUCGAAAACGUUUUGCAUCAAAGUGCAUUCGUCGAUCUGUAAAUCAAACGAUUACCUUAAUUUUCCGAUAUACAUAUCUCAAAAUACCAACGCGAUACACAACGUAUCGCAUUUCAUCAAAAUUAUUGACAUUUUUCAGAGGAUCAUUACAAGAUAAGAUUAGAGUUACUAAGACUUUUCGUUCCUCAUCUUUGACGUAAAUUUGACGAUCACAAAUUUAUGAGAGACAGUUUUAAAGAAGGAUAGCCGAAGAGAGGAGUAGGUCUACCGGUCUUUUCAAAAAAUCGAUUUUCUCACAUCUUCUUUUUCUCUCUUUUUCUCUUUCACUUUUCUUCCUCGAGGGGUUGAACCAUAUUAAAAACGUCUCGUAAUUAUAAUGAGUAACGGCGGAACCUUUCUCUCAUAGGUCGACGAAAACGCUCGAAAGGCCGGUAGUAGAGCGCAUUACGUGAGCGUUUCAUUAAAAGCUUUCGUGAGUGCGCGCGCGAGCGCACGAGCACGAGCAUGGCAGCACACGUUGGAAAGAAAAUUGCGACUUGCGGAGGCUGCGUGCGAAGCUUUAUUAAGCGCGCUUCAUGCGCGAUUUGCAUUCGUCUGGGUCGGUGAUAGAUUUGAAAUUUCCACGUAGAACGUGCGUUGGAUACCUAUAUAGGGCCGAGGAUUCGAACCGAGACGAAUGGUACGUCGCGUGGAGAAGCGUACCUACGUAACCACCGCGCGUGAUUGUGUCUCUCUACCUUUCUACGUAUACGUAUGUGUGUGCACAUCAAUGUGUUGGUAUAUGUGCACGUGUAUGUCAGUGAGAGAGGGGGAAAGAGAGGAGGCAAACGAGGAGAACGAUAUAGAUGGAAAGAGUGAAAGAUAGCUCGGUGAGGGAAAGAGAGAGACAGAGGGAGAUGGAGGAUAUAGAGCGAGAUGUGGAUAGAGUGAGGUCGUGAAGCUUGAAUGGGGCUAGUUUGAGAUAGUUAGCGGGCCUUCAGAGGCACAAUCGGCCGCGAUUGGCGGGCCUACAAUCACACGUCGCAUUAUAUGUCCAUCAACGCGGCGGAUCUUGCAAAUACGUUAGCGGACCAAAGCCAACGGGUUAGCAGCCACAAAAAUCUUGAAUUCGAAGCGACAUUAUGUAGCAUCUCGUAUGGUUAUAGGAUGGGUCAGGUUCGAGUCGAUCUAAUAUGUGUCUGUAGAUAGAGACAGUUUUCGAAGACCUUGUCGGGAAAUCUUGCGGUCUGAUUGUUGCUGACGACGUCCUGCAUUGUUGCGGAUGUUCCGAUAUCAAUUUUCAGAAAUAAUUUGAUUUGAAGAAAAACGCAGAAAAAUUUUCAAGUUUCCGAAUCUUUUUUAUUACAACAUACUUAUGAAAAAUUGAAGAAAAGAUUAAAGAAAUAUUCUCCAAUGAAAUUGCUUUGGCCUUGUUGAACGGAGGCCGCAGCUGCGAAGGAAAUAAUCUUGAUACACCCUAUUAGAGAUAGAAAUCGUUGGGCAAAUAUUGUAUCUUCCUAAUCUCGUACUAUCGUCGCACUAUCUUGGAAUUAUCAUACAGUAUGAAUCGAAUUCUUCUGGGAAUUAAUUGGCUCCGCGCCGAAGCUAGGUACCUUGGAGACCCGGAUUAUCCUUUGCGCGGUAAGUAAACGAGAAUAUUUGUAAUUCUUGCUCGCACUGCAGCGUAUAACUCCACGAAGAAAGUGCGUCUACAUAUGUAUAGGUUAUUUGACUAAUAAAUAUUGAACACUAAAUUUCAUUAAUAUAAUUUUCAUUUUAUGUACUUUUUUUUAAAUACUCUAAUCGUGUAUUCUACAUACGACUCGCAAAUUUGCGAUUUAGGAGUCGAAGGAGUCGAACCAGAUGCAAACAAGCGUGAUUAUCCGGUAACCUCAGAUCAAAUGUGGUGGUGUGCAGGAGACUCAGGAGAGGGAUGAGGGGCUAAGAGAGGGACUCGAGCGACUAACGGAAUAACUAAUUUAUCAAUUCUUCGGUUCGGUUGGCUCCGAUACCCCUGGCUAUAUUUGCGAAUUCGUGCAAACGAGGACUUCCAAUUCCCAGGGUGCAUCGUCGUCUUGUUUGGACACGAGAGGGACCUCAGAAAGCUUCGGCUUACGAGAUGUCAAUAUGCUAUAAGUGACGGCGGUCUAUGCGCGCCGAACCAAAAAGCUUUCAAUGAUUGUACAAAGAGUAUCGAGACGAAUUCAUCAUUGUGACAUUUACUAUCACGAGACACGAUAAAACUAUAGUAUCUUAUUAUAUAGGUUACGGAUGAUUGAUCUAAUGUUUUUUGACGAGAUACGGAUAUGAUGUCAUUAUCUUAUUGAAUGAUUUAUAUCAACACUUUAUCUUGGAACUGAUUAAUGACGGCAUAGAAAUUUUAUCAAUACUAACAAUCAGUUAAGAUUCAAUUACUUUAGAAUUACAAUACUGACCUGCUCUGUUCCAAUUUGCGACACCUCAUUUAAGAAGCUAAUCCUCACGAGAAUACAUCUUGCAUUUUAACUCGUUAUCGUGCCGUGCGUUGGCGCCACUGAAGCUAUUUCACAGUUCAAUCAAUAUAACAUGUCGAAUUAUUCUUAAAACGUCGAACAUUUUUGUACUGGUUCAUAAAAUCAAUGAAAUAUUCACUAUCAAUAGAGUAAUCGAAAAUUUGACUGUAGAGAUUAUAAAUGAAAUCCUGUUUCUUCGUCGUUAACUCAGAGAAGUUAACUCCAAGAAGGUAGUGAAGGAGAAAGAAGAUGAUGGGUGGUAAAGUGCGGAGGAGAAUCGUUCGCGGAACUUGAAAAUCCAUGGCGCGUAUCUCGACUCCAAUGGUCAGUACAAAUAAAUACGUUUGUAAUUAGAACGCAAUUUUGAUUGAAAAUGUAAGUUUUGUUGACACGCAAUUCACGCUACGAUAAUCAAACGAAUAUGCUCAUAUAUUUCCCCCAAAUUGUGUUUUCGUUUAAUAUUUGGUAUUACAAAAUUUUGCGAUCAAAGUGAGAGGAAACGUUGGAGUAUGGAAAGGGGGAAGAGAUGGAGGUAAUAUUAAUUGAAUAGUAACAGGGAUAUCAUCAUCCUGGAUAAUAUUAAUUGAAUUCCUGAAUCCACAGAAAUGAUUUAUAUAAUACUUGAAAAUAUAGCAAUUUCAAGAUAAUUUGUGUGAUAAAUGUACAUAAUCGUGGAUACAUAUAAAAAAUAUACCUUCAUUUAUCUUUCUUUGGUGUCAGUAAGUUUGCGAUAUAGAUCUGCGUAUUAUGUAAUAAAAUUUGUCUUGUAAUCGUUAAAAAUUUUAUACCACAGUUCUUAAGGUAGGCAAUUAAUCAACCAGCAAUGCAUCAGAAUAAUUAUCACCGUAGGAUGAUUAACAUCAUCAGAUAUGCAAAAUGAAAUAACGAAGAUUGUGAAAAAUAUAAAUUACUGUUAGAUAGAAAGAAAGAAAAACUGGUGAGAAAACGAAGAUAGAAAAUGUCGUGUGCGAAAAAAAGAAAAACAGAAAUUCUUCCCAAACAAGAAUGCAAAACACUUCGAAUUAUACCAAUCAAUAUUCUUCGACUAAUCCUUCGGGAAUCCUGAUGCUCGUGUCACGUCACCUUUAUUUAUUUAUCUUCUCCCUAUAGCUUUCUUUUUCCUUUUUAGUCUUUCGCAAGUAUUUCAAGCAUUUCGAGAUUACCAGAAAACUGGAGAGUCAUAAAGCGACUCUCUUCGUCUAGAUUUCAAUGAGAGAGACUCCCAUGGGAAACGAUGGCGUUGCUUCGAACCCCUUCAUAUUCGAACGUUAGCUAAAUAAAAGUAGUAGUACAAUAUCGGUUCUCCUGUAUUCUACACCUCCCCUCUAUCUUUUCUACCUCUUCCUCCUCUUUUACUUAUAUUAUUCUUCAGUGUGGCAUGUAUCAGUUUCUGUAAUAAAAGGCAAGCUGUUUU